GUGUGAUGCAGCCCCCUCAGCCUCAUCAGUCAGUCUAUCAACAGCCAAGCAGCAUGGAGAUAACAACACUGUGUGCUAUUGUUGCUGCUCUGAAAAUCAUCCCCAGCAGAACUCAGUUCUUUCAAUAUGAGUCUGUCUCUCUGAGCUGUGGGGAGCAUGGAGACUCCUCCAAAUGGACAGUUAAGAGGAACACAUCCCUACACUUAAACGCAGAGUGCUGGGUAAAAACAAAUGAGUCCCACUGCGUCAUUGAUGGCAUGUACCUGUCUGACAGUGGAGUGUACUGGUGUGAGUCAGGAGCAGGAGAGUGCCACGAUGCUGUCAACAUCACUGUGACUGCUAGCUCUGUGAUCCUGGAGAGUCCAGUCCUUCCUGUGCAGGAGGGAGAAGAUGUGACUCUGCACAAAUAUGGUAAAAUCAUCAUCCAACCUCACAGCUGAAUUUUAUAGAGAUGGUCUCCACAUCGGGAGCAGCUCUACAGGUCACAUGACCAUCCACAGUGUUUCCAAAUCUGAUGAAGGUCUCUACAAGUGCUACAUCUCCGGGGCUGGAGAAUCACCAGACAGCUGGCUGGCUGUCAGAGAUGAAUUCGAUCCUGAUGUGUCAUACACUGACGUCACCAUCACCGAGGUGCAGCAACCAAAGAGGUACAAAGAGAUGUAUACUACAUCAGCUGUCUACUCAUCAGUCAAACCAGGAGCCACCUGUCAGAAACAGCAGAACCAAUGUUGAAAUCUAUUUUCUAUUUCUGAAUCUUUAAGGAUUUUAUGUAUGUAUUAAACUGAAGAAAUGUUCCAUGUCUUUUUAUAGAAAAUACAGUGAAUUAAUAGUUUAUUGAUACUUGUUGUCCGCUUUGUGUCUCACCUGCACAAGUUUUGUUUUGUAUUCUCAAUUUCUAACAUUUGCACUAAUAAACUAAACCUCAUCCACUUCACCAACAGGUGAAUAAGGUGUUGUAGUUGAACAAAUAUGCACACUGGGAAACUUAGCCAAAAAUUUACAUAAAUACAAAUGCACACGUUUUAAACCUGAGAGUAGACAAUGACAAAAGACAAAAGAGUAGACAACAGAGAGCUCAGUGUCAGCUGUGGUAUCACUCAGC